UAGCAAUGUUUUGACCUUUAACCCAUAAUACGUGACGUCAAAGACCGGGAAAUUUAAAAUCGGUAAUUUCCGGUUACUGCAAUCUGUUAUAUAUGUAUAUUAUAGUGUAAAUUUAUUUAUUUAAUAAAACUUAAACGAAACAUGGCUCGUAGAUUUCAACAGCGAAGGCUUGGUAAAAAGCAACGAAGAACUUUUGCCAGCACUGUAUUGGAAGACACACCCCAACAAAAACCUUCUAGAAAGUUUUUUAUUCUUUCCAUAUUUUAUACUUUUAUACAAUACCUUAUUUCAUUUUUCCGUCCAAAAAUAAACAAUUCUGAAAGCAACUCAGGAUUAACAAAUAGAAUUGAACAACUCGAAACCACUGUCGCAAAACUUUCAAAAAAGAUUGUAAAACUGGAAAAGAAGUUUUCAUCUUCUACACCACCCCUUUUCUCUAACACACAAGCACCCACAAUUACUUUAGCACCCCCUCCCCCCAUUCCACCCCCACCACCACCACCUCCCCUAGGCAAUAUUCCUGCACUCCCAAAAUCCAAGAAAUCUGCCCAAGCACCCCAGAAACAAAAGAGUUCCUUUCUGCCUGCACCAAUCGGUAUUUCUGUUGACGCGAUUAAAAACUUGAAACUAAAGAAAGUUUCCGACCAACAGAAUGAAGGCAGCAAGCCUGGAGCGAAAUCAAACAAAGUACAGCUGGUAACGAUACAGGAUUUACAGAAUGUAAAGUUGAAACGACGAACACAACAAACAGAUGAAAAUAAAAAUAUUUUGCCACUAAGUAAACUCAAGUUAACAAAGUCGUUGAAGAAAACGAACAUUAUUCGAAGUCCCGGUGGCACACCAUUGGUUAAGAGAGAUGAAAACCAAUCAACUGGAACUGGACUCACACCAGCGUUUACCAGAGCGUUGAAGAAAAAGUUUGAGGCGGUCCACAAAACAUCUCCAAUAUCCAUAGAAGAAAGCCCCAAGUCUUGGAGAUGCUAAGCGAAAACAUUUUAUCGUUUUUAAACCAAAUUUUAUUCAAAGAAGCAAUCAUACCAUGCAGUUACCACAUCAAACAUAACUUUCUAUUUCAUUUUUACUUUGUAUUUAAAACAAUCACACACAUUACUGCUGUAACACCUUAUCAUAUUUCCUGAUUAAUGCUGAAUCUUACUGCUUGCCUGUUUCUUUGCAGUAAUAGUAUUUGAUACGUGAAUAUAACUUGAUUUAAUGGCUGCCACAAUCUGCAUAACCUUUACUAAUGUUGAGUCCUUUAACUGAAUCAGUUUGAUACUGGCUUUGGGCAAUCACUAGUUCUUUAUAAGCAAUACUAAUAAAAAUCUUAUAUUAAACAAA